AUGUCUGAUGAUAUUGUGGAUAUUGUGGAUAUUAUAGAUUUAAAACCUUCUUUAUUAAGGGAUUUAAAGAACCUUUACAAGAAUCUUGAGAAGGAUAAUAAUAAUGAUUAUAACGUUAUAAUUAAAGUUGACCAAAAAAAUUUUAAAGCUCAUUCAGUAAUAUUAAAACUUAGAUCUGAAUAUUUUCAUAAUCUUAUAAAUAAUGAACUCGCUAAAAAAAUGGUGAAGUUUAGUAAAAAAUUGACUUUAGAAGUUUCUGAUAUUAAUUCAAACGUAUUCGCAUCAUGCCUAAAAUAUAUUUAUACUGGGAAGUUUUCAUUACAAGAAGAUGAUGAUGUCAUGUUUGAUUUAUUCAUCGCCGCCGAUAAUUUAAAACUUAUUGAUAUGGUCGAUUAUCUUCAAAAAUUUUUUAUUGAAAACAAAUCUUAUUGGAUCGAAAACAAUUUAAUUGGAGUAUAUCAAACUACUUUAAACCAUGAAAGUCGUAAAAAAUUACAAACUUAUUGUGAAGGAAUUAUUGAAAAAGAUCCAGAAUUAAUAUUUAUAUCAGAUUUAUUUCAUACUUUAAAAAAGACAAUUUUAUUAAAUUUAAUUAAACGUGAUGAUAUAUCACUUCCAGAAUUUGAAAUAUGGUAUUAUUUAGUUACAUGGGUACAUGAACAAGAACCUCCUAUUGAUAGAGAUCUUCAAAAGUGGGAUUCAUCUGAUACAAUUAAAUUUAAAGAACGAAUAGGAGAUUUUGUUCCAUAUAUUAGAUUUUUUGCAAUAACUUCAGAGGAUUAUUAUAUUUGUGUUCGCCCUUACAAAGAUGUAUUACCAGAAAAAUUAGUGGAACAGUUAGAAGAAUAUUAUCUUACGAAAAAGACUUCACCACCUCCUGAUGCACUUCCACCUCGUGAAAUGAAAGAAAAAAAUCCAAAUUGGCUCAAGCGACGUCAUAGUAUGGGAAAACAGCCACCUGGAUUACAACGAAAGAAUACUCUAGCAAAGCCUCCUGUAGUUGUUCAACCUCGUAUAAGAACCGUUUCUAAGAUAAUCAAUAAUCAGAAAAUCAAACGUAUAUCACGUUGGAUUGACGGAAAUGAAUCAAAUGAAUUAGGAGACAGCAAUAAUAAUCACGACUAA